CCGUUCCAAUUUUGUGCACGUACAAAAAAAAGAUCUCCGGAAGAGAAACACAACAUGGAAACAUAAAUUUUGAUGUUACCCUGUGCAACCCUGCAACGCGGCGCUCGACCCAGGCCCCCCGGUCGCACGCAUCCGCGCCCCGUGCGCGCGGCUCUCACGCCAUCGCGCCGACGAUUUCGUUCCGCGAGGCAACGACGUCGGCGCGGCACACCGGGCACGUCGUCCCCCUCUGCAGCCACAGGCCGAUGCACUCCGCGUGGUAGACGUGCCCACACGGCCGCAGCCGCCGGCACGGCUGUCCCCCGCCGUCCGCGACCGCGACCGCGAGCCUCCCCUUGCAGAUCGCGCAGAGCGCCACGUCGUCGCCCCUCGCCUCCGUGGCGGCGGCGACGUCGAUGAUGACGACCUCCUCCUUGUUCAGCAACCCUUGGCGCUCCCCGUUGGGAUCGCCGGUGGCGACCUCGAACCGCCGGCCGAUUAAGCAUCGCACGGUCCAGGAGAUGGCACAGAUCGCGGCGAUGAGCGCGACGACGGCGAGGAAUAUCUCGAGGCCUGACAGAUCAACCAUCGGCGAGAGUUCGUUUUCGUAGCUAGGUUUGUUUUUUUCCCAGAUAUUACUGCGGAGAUAAUUAAACAGUUCGUAUCAGAGGAGAAAAUCGUUGUGGCUGAUCUCCACGUCUUUGUUACUCCCACAAAAAUAUGAACAAAUUAUGGCUCGCAUGGAUGCUAGUAGUAUUUCUGCUUGCUUUUUGCUCAUGGAAAUUAUUAAAGGACUAGGCAACUGGGCAUUUAAGGAGUGGCAACUGACAAGUAUGGGCUAACUCAAAGGCGCAGACAUAAUCAAUUGGAAGAGUGCUUAACCACGAGCAUCAGUUAGUUUUACACUGAGGCAUUGGGGACAUGGCAUUACUUAUCUCCAAUCGUGUGGUGUUCAUCAGAAAGAAACUUUGGUUAAAGCUUUGCUCCUAGGGGGUUGUUUAUUGUGCAAACACACAAGUAGGCUAUUUGAUGGUGCAAAAUAUUGUAAGUGUAUGUGGAUGGGCAGAGCAAAUUAUUCCCUCCGAGAAAUCUCAGUUAUCAUUCAAGAUUGACCCUGAGGACCACUAGAUAGCAGUAGAAACAUAAAAUCUGAACAACACUGAGCGCCAUUCAGCACUGUACUACCUCUCCCAAAUUCAACUUCCACCAACCCAAAAAAUUCUUCUUUACUGCAUCGUGACACGGCAUGCAACACCGUCAGAAAAAACGAAAAACGUGGCGAUACCCUCUGAAUAUUCCCGCUUUCUAUCCCCAUGGUAAAGAUCUGGAAUAGAAGGCCAGAAGUCAGAUCUGCAGUUACAGUCUUUACAGAGCCUAAAAUUAACUAAAAUUAAAUGGCAUAGCCGCAUGGGCAGUUACAGUCUUUGCAUUGAGUCAGAGAUAAAUGAGAGAUUAGGGUUUACCUAGCCCCGCUUCCUAUGGUCGGCCAAGUCCUUAGCAUCUGGGGAUUACAAAAGAAAACUGCCCCGAGUGAGUGGCUCCCACUCGCCUUCCUCGAUCCACCCUUUUUUGUUGUUCGAAUCCAUUGGAGCCCACGAGGCUUUUGGCUUCUUGGAUCCGUGCAGGCGCGAGAAUUCAAUGGCGGUUAUUGGAGCUUCUUGGGGUGGUCACUGAAGGUACACUGUAGACCAGUAGUACGCAGUCUUGCGAUGGAGUCGGCGACGGAGAAGGUGAGGAGGACGCCCUCCUCCUGCCUGCUGCUGCGCAUCUCCGACAUCUGCAAGGUGCGCUCCGUCGGCGUCGCGCCGACCGUCCGCGAAAAGCCCAAGGCCGACGGCAGCGCCACCGGAGAGAGCAGCGAAGACGGCGGCGCGCACCUGAAAGUCCACCCGCAUCAUGUGUCCGACCAUGAGAGCGUCUCUGAAUGCUCCUCUGCUCGCUGCGAGGAAGCGUUUGUUGAGAGGCUUCUCGACGCGAUUUCUGGCCUCAAAUUGAGUUACGUGAACCUUCAGCAAGCUCUUGUGCCAUAUGAUCCUGAAGAGAUUACGAUCGCUGAUGAGCGAUUCACAUCGGAGCUUCAAGAGACUGCCGGGUUGAAGGAUCUGUAUGUCAACAUGAACAAAUGGAGAAAUCCAAUGUACCAGUGCUAUGUGGGCUCUAGAAUUCAGGAGCAACAAAAGUUGGCCGUGGAGUUGCAAGCUGGCAUGUGCAAGAGAGACUCUGAGAUUGUGUGUUUGCGAGCGGAGUUGGAUGAACUGGAAAGGAAGAACAUGGAACUGGAGGAGAAGAUCGGUCAAAGUGCGUUACAGAAAGAAGGAAGUUUUGCAAUUGGGAUGGGAGUAUCAACGGAUAUGUUUAUGGAAUUAUUCGAGCUUUCGACAAAGUCUAUCCAUGAUUUUGCAAAACUCGUCGUCCGUUGGAUGAAACUUUCUCGGUGGAAUCUUGGCAACUUAACAUCCCCAAUAGACAAUUCUGUUGUCUAUGAUAAAAGGUCUCACAAGAAUUACGCCGUUGAGGCCUACUUUGCUUGUAUGAUGUUGAUGGGGCACAAAGAGGAGUACCUUUCGCUGGAUGUCUUCGAUUAUGUAAUGAGUUUCAGUGAUCCUUUUGAUGCUCUUAUGAAGGCCCCAGACUCUUGUUUUGGGAGAUUCUGUCGAGAAAAGUAUCUGGCCAUUUUGCCUCCUAGUAUGGAGGAUUCAUUCUUCGGAAAUUUGGAUCAUAGAUCAUUUGUUGAGAAUGGCGGCCAUCCAAGAACACCAUUUUAUCAGGCAUUUGUGACAAUGUCAAGAUAUGUAUGGGCGUCCCUAACCGUAGCACGUUCUCUGAAUCCAAGAGCAGAGAUGUUCUAUGUCAAGGGUGGUACUGAAUUUAGGAGUAAACACAUGGAAUGUGUUCCAUCCAAGAUAACCAAAGAAGGAGACAAGGUCAGUGUUGGGUUUACAGUAAUGCCGGGGUUUAAGAUUGGAUGCACUGUCAUCAGAUGCAGGGUGUAUCUGUCCAUGGUCAACGAAAGAAACUUCUGAACACGUCAUAUAGCUACAGAAUUAGGUAAGCAGCAUCAGAUAACCAGUUAGCUCUAUAUAGCAUUUCUUUUGACUUGAGUUUCUGUUGAGCUCCUCUUAUAUUAGACCAGGGGCAUAAGCUAAUAGAUAGAUUAGUGUAUUAACUUGCUCUGUAAUACUUGAUGUAAUAUUUAACAUUUUCAGUCGUUCAGGUCUGUUAAGUCAUUGCUUUGUUCGUGAGUAAAUGGAUCAAUUGAAGAAGGAAAA